CAAACUGUCGUCUGUUGCAGCGGUACUCGGAGUUCCAAAUAAAUGAAUUUCGAUAGGUUUAAGUUUUGAGUGUACAUUUAUAAUUAUUCACUAUGGAAAGUACCCUCGAUAUGUUGAUGAUACCUGGCUCUUCAAAGCAGAGAAUGUCCAAAGAAGAACAGGUAACGCCACACAAGAUAUCACUGAUUGUGUUGAUCCACGAAUACUGCACCAUUCGACGACCCAGCACCGUACAUUCUGUUUUCUCGGAAGAUAGUGACAGUGACAUAAAUCUGACGGAAAGGGAGAAAAGAAACUUCAUGGUCAUGAUUCUUCAAUUGCUGCAGUCCUCAGACUUGACCUUGAAAGAGCUAUUCAUGAAAAUUCGUGACAAAACCAAGAUAGAGCUGUAUACUCUGUUUUUAAAAAGAUUACAAGAGUUCAUAGAGGAUGGUGUGGGUGCAUUAAAGGACUACUUUCAAAAUGUGACGAAAGAAUAUUUUCUGAGUGGGAAAGGCGUGGAAAGGUCCAGUGUUCUUGGUUUAUUUAUCAGGCGUAUUACCCUCGCCUUUGAGAAGCUCUCCUUCACCCAAGUGACGGACAUGUACAGAAAAUUUGAGCGCUAUUACGAGGCAGGGGUCGGAAGUUACGAGGAAAGUCAAGACUUUGGUGGAUCGCUGACAGACUCAGCUAUGAGUUUGUCUGGCGUACGUUUUAGCCGGGGACUGUCCUUAGAUCCAUUUCAGCUCACCAAUGAAAGAAAACUUGGAGAUGAAGGUAGAGCAGUGAACUCCUUUAGGCAAGCAGAGUACUUUAUUCUGCAACAGGCAUUUCUGUUACAACACAACCAGAAGGAGGCUCUCUCACCGUCUGACCUUCAGGACAAAAUCAUGGACAUGCUGGAAAUGAACCCUGAUAUUGCAGAAGCUCACUUUCUCAGUUUCCUGAACAGUUUAAGGGUGAAAGAAUACUGCACAGCUCUUCACAACCUUUUCCACUUCUUUGACCGCAAAACCAUCGCGACCUUUAACAAAGGUCAAGGUCAUGGAAAACAUCAGCCCGCAGAGGAGGUUCAUAGGCGUUACGCAGCGUUAAACUUGGCGUCACUACAUUACAGAUUCGGUCAUAAGGAAGAAGCCCUUGCGCCGCUCCAGGAAGCUAUUGGAAUGGCGCAGGACGCGAAUGAUAAUGUCUGCCUGCAACAUGCAUUGGGAUGGUUACAAAGAUUGAGUGAGCAAGGCACGGCCAGCACAGAAAACCUCCUUGAGAGGGCCGUCACAAAAAGUUCCGAACUAAACCUCCCAAAUCUGACAUCUAUUGGGAUUCAAGCCUUUGCACGUCACAAUGCCUUCGCAGCUGCUAAACCUGCCCAGGUAUUUGAAUACCUACAGAAGAGCGAUGUGUUGAAUUGUCAGCAUUCUCAGUCUGGAUUCAUGUGCACGAGUUUCGCUAACAAGGCAGCCCUCUGGCAGAUGUAUGGAAAAAUGGAGUGUAUGUCCAUGCUGAGCCAGCUCAUUCUACACUUAGACACCUCAGAACACAGCGUGUUUUACAACGGGGAGUCCAUCUGUGUGGCCAUGUGCAACCUUGCCAGAUUUCAUGCUCAAAUGGGUCAAUAUGGACUUGCCUUGGACAUAAUUAACUGUGCUAAGAAACGCUUUCCGAAGAACCAGAUACAAUCAUCAGAAAUCUGGAUGGAAACUGAGCAACAAAUCUUGUUUGACCGGACAAUACUGAACCGGAAAUUUGGGGUUACGGAGCUGGCGGUGUUGAAUCUCAAGGCUUUAAAUCCACUUGAAUCUCAGUUAAGAGAGGCCAUACUGAACAAAGAAAAAGGUGAAGUAACAGAAUCACUCAACCAGUUGCACCUUUUACUUGACAAUUGUGGUGCUGACAAGGGAAAUAACUCUGUCACAGCUGAUUUCAAAUGCAGGGUGUUAUUAGAGUUGGGUGAACUCUACAGACAGACAAGCAAUCCGACCAGUGGCACCUCCUAUAUUCUAGAGUGUAUGACCUUGGCUAAAUCCCACCACCUAGAAUACCUUGCAGCCUUAGGGUCAAUACAGUUAGCACAUAUUCAGCUUCAAAUGCAACUUCCGGAACAAGCCUUAUCCCUCCUUUCUCAGCACAUGCUGGCAAUAUUGUCACAUGGGACUGUUACUGAUCGAGCCAGACUUCUAACCUGUCAUACCAAAUGUCAGGUUGCCAUAGCAACCAGAAAACCUGAUGAGCAGAAACGGCAAGGACUCUUGUCAUGUAUAAAUACCCUGAACACGGCAAUAGAACUGUACCAGUCUGCAGAAGCUUUCCUUCAUCUUAAAGACACAGUCUAUCUACAAACCAGACUGUAUCAUGAACUUGAUCUCCCUUCAGAGAGAAAUAAAUGUGCCCGCCAGUUUCGGCAGCUGGAUGUGCAGUAUCCAUCACUAAGUCAAAUGACUGUAAAUGCUUUGUGAUAAUGUUCUGAAAUUGUAAAUGUGUAACUCAGUCUGUGCAAAAACGGCCAAAAGGUAAAAUAUUUUAAGGGCAUUUAGAAGCUUAAGUAAUAUAGGCCUGAUCGGCUUUUACUUGUUUUUGGCAUUGUUCAGUACAAAGCUGUAUUGGCAUUUAGAGUUUUGUUCGUGCCUAUGAAUUGGAUUACUCAACAGGCCUGAAUGGCCUCUGCUUCCCAAAUCAUUUUCCUCAGACUGUUAAGUGAUAAUUUUAGUAGAUUUGAUGACAGAAAGUGGAAUGAAAAGCAAAGUCAUUCAGAGCAGUUUUCUUUGAUAGUCAGCUGAUUAUGAAUGCUUUAUGGUGAGAUGUUGAAGUUGUAAAUGCCUUGUGCAUUUCAAUCAUUUGUCAAUCUUAAUUUAUAUUAAUAUGUAUAUAAGUAUG